AAUACCCAGGAUGAAACAAUCACUUACGAGUUGCUGGCAACUUCAAAGAUACACAAUCUACCAGCAGAAGAGCUCUACUUUAAGUGGGAGAGCUACCUUCUCAACACCUGUACUAGCAGCGAUAAGAGUUUAAAUAUUAUGAAUUUACGUAAUUUUAAGUUACAAUUACAAUCUGAAGCUGUACAAAAUACUCCAGUUAAAAAACCAAGCUUAAAUCUAAAGAAAAGAGUUCAGCAGCAGUCGACACCGUUAAGAAACAGUAGUUCUCCGCUCACACCAUCUAACUACGCGUCUGAUAGUACGCCCAAAGCAUCUCAGAGCAAUUUCGUUAGUAGGAAAAACCCUGGUCUUAUCACUAACACCCUCAAUGGUCACCUUGAAAUAGCACCAAACAAUUCUGUAUUUGACACACGCGUUGGUCUCUUAUCUGCUGUUUCUUUGAAAAAGUACAAGUAUAGGUACAUGUUCGAAAAGCUUUCCGAACGUUCAGCCGUAUUAGAUGAACGUAUAGACUAUUUCGCGAACAGAGUUAAGGAAUUCUACAAAGGUAGCUUCGAGAUUGAAAUUGGUGAUCCAGGAAUGAUGAAUCAGUCACAAACUAUCUGCAUUGGUAGGAUAUGUAAAGAAACCGAUAUUACAAAACUAGAUGAGGAUAGUAUCAUACUUGAAACAUCCAAGUCAUUGGGUAGUGGUGCUAGAGUACCUUUGCGAUUCUCAAAUGAAUGUAAAGUUAGAGGUGUACCUAAAGGCAGUGGUGGAAUAAGGUUGUUCCCUGGCCGUAUCGUCGGUGUUCUGGGAUCAAACAGAGGUGCUGGUUACUUUGGUGUUGAAGAAAUCUUUACUAUGCCACCUUUGGGCACCGUGAAGACACAUUCACAAGAGCUCUAUGAUAUGCAACACUCUACGGAAUCUCUUGGCUCAUCACCGAUGUCGGUAAUCGUUGCUGCCGGACCAUAUACAUUGGACAGUAACUUAGAUUACGAGCCGUUCGAUGCUCUAAUGACUCAAGUGGAAAGGAAGCAACCAGAUGUUGUUAUUCUGCUCGGUCCAUUCGUAGAUGCCAAUCAUCCAAUGAUAAAGAAAGGCGAGGUGGAUUUACUUACCGAGGAUCUAUUCAAGAUGCGCAUUGGUAGCAGACUAACAAGAGCUCUUGAAAACGCUAAAGGAUGUACAGCUGUCCUGAUACCAAGUGUCAGAGACUUGAUCACACCAUAUGUAGUCUACCCCCAAAACGCACUACCGCUCAAUAAUCUCGGUUUGCCUCCAAGACAGAGAUGUAAAUGCGUCAGUAAUCCAGCAUCAUUCCACGUAAAUGAAGUCUUAUUCGGUAUUUCAAAUGUCGAUAAUUUCAUGCACAUUCGCAAAGAGGAAUUCUUCAAACCACUAAAGGAAGCUGAUGAAGAAGAAAAUGAAACUAAUGGAGCAACAUUGAAUGACAAUAUGAAGAAUCUUUGUAGUGAUAUAAUAGAUCAACAAAUUUAUUACCCUAUGUUCCCAGCACCAAAAGAAUUGUCUCAAGAUGUUAACCUCGACGUAUCGCAUUUAGAACUCGCGAACUUCCCUAAUGGAAAGACAAGUGAAGAUGCCGAUGAGAGAGUUAUACCCGAUAUAUUAAUUUUACCAAGCAUACUCAAAAACUUUGCCAAGGUCGUUGAUCAAACUAUUUGCGUGAAUCCAUGGCCAACAGCAAGGGGAAAGAAUAGCGGAACAUUUGCUCAUUUAUCGAUACAUCCAAUGAGCAAACAGCAAUUAAGCAAUACAAACCAAUUUAUUCAUCAUAAAAUAAAUGAACGCUGCAGAGUAGAUAUUAUAAAUAUCUAAUAGUAGUUAUUUGAUAUACUUUUUCUUAAGAAUUAGUGAUUUAGUCGCUUC